UUCAUCCAUCCAUCCAUCCAUCCAUCAUCCAUCCAUCCAUCCAUCUGUGAUUAAUCAUGAUUGUGAUUAAUUAUGGAUGAAAUGUGAUUAACUGCAUUAAAACAUUUUAAUCAACAGCACUAAUAAUAAUAUUUAUAUUUGUUAGGGAUGUCUGAUAACUAUCGGUACCGAUAAUUAUAGGCCCGAUAUCAGUCUAAAAAUGUGAUAUCGGUCGAUAUCGUAGCAGAUUUUUUUUCCAGAUCAUGGAAACCGAUAUUUAAAAAAAUGCUUGAUACAACUCGUAUGUGUUCAUUCCAUCACAGGUCAUACAGUAUGUCAUGUUGCACAUAUCGGUAUCGGCUGAUAUCGAGAAUUGGACAAUAUCGUGGUUUUAUAGGUAAUGAUGUCAUUCAAGCUUCCUGCUGCAAUUGGAUGUCUUUUCCCAGGUUGCUUUGUGGUUGGAGUGAGAUGAUAGCCUGCCUUCCCAGGAGUUUCCCCCUCAUUCCCGCUGACACCAGCUGUUGCCCCCCCCCCAGCCAUGGCUCUUCUCUCAUCCUCCUGCCCCCACUUGUACCGUUCACCAGCUAGCGUUUCCCACGGAAACGCCUCCCUCAGCCAAGUCAUCCUGCGGCAUUACAACCACACGGGCCGCCUGCAGAACCGGACGGUGUCAAACUCCCAGAACCCCGUCAGCGCCUCUACGGCCGUCUUCCUGUUUUUCAGCGUUCUCAUCAUUCUGGAGAAUUCCUUGGUGCUGGUCGCUGUGGUUUCCCGCAUCCUAGCCAGCCGACGUUGGGUCUACGUGUGCAUCGCCAACAUCACGCUCAGCGACCUCCUGACAGGUGCCGCUUACCUGCUCAACAUCUGCAUGUCCGGCAGUCGGACCUUCCGCCUGGCUCCGGCGCUUUGGCUUUUCCGAGAGGGUGUGCUGUUUGUGGCCUUGGCGGCGUCCAUUUUUAGCUUGCUGCUGAUCGCCGUGGAGCGUUACAUGACCAUCAUGAAGCCGCUGCCUCACAAGUCCGCCAGCAGCACCUACUACAGGAUCUACGGCCUGGUGGCCCUCUGCUGGGUUUUGGCGCUGGUGCUCGGGUUCCUCCCCUUGUUGGGAUGGAACUGUGUGUGCAGCCUGGACCGGUGUUCCACCCUCCUGCCUCUCUAUUCCAAGACCUACAUCUUGUUCUCCCUGGUCAUCUUCUUCCUGAUUCUUCUGGCUAUCGGCGUGCUCUACAGCGCCAUCUACUGCCACGUGCACAAGACCGCGACGCUAGCGAUGCAGCGCUGCCGCAAGCGCUCCUUGGCUUUGCUGAAAACCGUCAUCAUCAUCAUGGGGGUCUUCAUGCUUUGCUGGGGGCCGCUGUUCCUUCUGCUGCUGGUGGACUUUUUCUGCACAUCCCGUCAGUGCGCGCCGCUCUUCAGCGCCAAUGUCUUCAUCGCACUGGCGGUCAUCAACUCGGGCAUCAACCCCGUCAUCUACGCUCUGGGCAGCGCCGAGAUGAGGAGGGCCAUGGCUCGCCUCCUGUGUGGCCGCUGCUUCUGUCGCAAGGAGGCCUUCUCCUCCAAGGAGACCAGCAGCACCUCGGAGAGCAAGGCCAGGAACCUCGGCGCCGCCUCCCCGAGUAAAGCUCGCAAGUCGUGGAGAAAAUGCAGGCUCAGCUCCACCACCAGCUGCCUGUCAGUUUCGAGUGGUUAGACCACAACGUGGACCCCUCCCAUGCAAAGAGGAUCCGAGAAGCGUCCCACACACGUUUCCUCUACACAAACACUUCAGUUGCAUCUUCUGUAUCGGUCGAAGGAAAGGAGAAUAAAUAUUUCCAUCUGGGGCUGCACGAGUGCUGCUGGAACUCGGGGAGUGGCAAACACAGGAAUUCCAUCAUGUUUUUUAAAAAAUAAUAUUUAUUCAGUUGUCCUGGACAGGAAGUGAUGUUGGAGGUUCAGAGUUGAGUUGCCGAGGGUACAGUAACCCACGUUAAGGAUGUGAAAUCAUUCCACUCAGCAAGUCUGGUGCUUGUGUAUCCCGACAGACAUUACGGUACCAUUACUGACACCUAGUGACCAGUGUAUGAUACUACAUAGUAUCAUCACAACGUCUUUUGAAUGCCUUAUAUUUGUAUUUUCCUUCAUUUCUAUGCUUGGAAAUGUUUUGGAAGUGCCGAGCGCUCAAAUAAAACUUGCAAUUUUUUUCCCGUAAAUUUCUGACUUUUAUUUUCAUAAAUUUACAACAAAAAAGUAAAUUUACUUCAUGAGAAUAAUGUCAUAAAUUUAUGAGAAAAAGGUACAUUACUUAUAAAUGUAUGAUAUUACACACGUCAUUACUUUUCAUAACAUUAUUGUCAUAAAUGUAUGACAAGUUGUAUAAAAGUCAGAAAUUUUUUUGUAAAUAUACUUUUUUCAUGAGAGAAAUUUUUUAGUUGUAAAUUUACGAGAAUAAAGUUGUAUAUUUACAUAAUGUUACCUUUGCCGCAGGCCAAAGUCAUAUAAAUCCUCCCUUUUCAUAGCUUUUAUUCUCAUAAAUUUAUGACUUCAUUCACAUAAAUGGAUGACUUUUUCCUCAAAUAAAAGUCAUAAUUUUUUUCUCAUGAAUUUCCGAUUUUUGUUCUCAUACAUUUUUUUUUAUUUUUUAUUCUCAUAUAUUUACACGAAAAAUGUAA